GGCAGGCUCCCCGCCCGGCCGCGUGGCUCUCAGCGCUCCCCGGGGCCGCGGCGGGAAAGGGGCGGAGCGCGCGGGAGGGAGGGGGGAGCCCCGCCCCCUGCCAACGGCCGGCGGCGGGCAGCGAGCGGCCGCGGCGCCAGCACCAGCACCAGGUUGAUAAUGCUCGUAAGCCAGAGGUGAAAGUGUCUCAGCAGAGCAACACUGGGAAAUCUGGCAGACUGGAAGAGAACAGCUGCCCCCCAGGGCAGCUGCCACGUGUGAAGCAUGGAGGAAAGUAAGAACGAGAAGGUGAACCAGGCUCAUGUUCUCUUCGACAGAUUUGUCCAGGCUUCAACAUGCAAGGGGACUCUCAAGGCUUUCCAGGAGCUCUGUGACUACCUAGAACUAAAGCCCAAGGACUAUCGUUCUUUCUAUCACAAACUCAAGUCCAAGCUAAAUUACUGGAAAGCCAAAGCCUUGUGGGCCAAAUUGGAUAAGAGGGGCAGCCAUAAGGACUAUAAGAAGGGGAAAGCAUGCGCCAACACAAAGUGUCUGAUAAUUGGGGCUGGACCUUGUGGCCUUCGCACAGCCAUCGACCUGUCAUUCCUGGGAGCCAAGGUGGUGGUGAUAGAGAAGAGGGACGCCUUUUCCCGCAAUAACGUCCUGCACUUGUGGCCGUUCACCAUACAUGACUUGAGGGGACUUGGCGCCAAGAAGUUUUAUGGCAAAUUCUGUGCAGGAUCCAUAGACCAUAUCAGUAUCCGUCAACUCCAGCUUAUCCUUUUGAAGGUUGCCUUGAUCUUGGGAAUAGAGAUCCAUGUCAAUGUGGAAUUUCAGGGGCUUGUUUACCCUCCAGAGGAUCAGGAAAAUGAAAGAAUAGGUUGGCGUGCAUUGGUCCAUCCAAAAACCCAUCCAGUGUCGGAGUAUGAAUUUGAAGUAAUCAUUGGAGGGGAUGGCAGGAGGAACACCUUAGAAGGGUUUCGCCGAAAAGAAUUCCGUGGUAAACUAGCGAUUGCUAUCACAGCAAACUUCAUCAAUCGCAACACCACAGCUGAAGCCAAAGUAGAAGAGAUCAGUGGUGUGGCGUUCAUAUUCAACCAGAAAUUCUUCCAGGAUCUACGAGAAGCCACAGGUAUUGACUUGGAGAACAUUGUCUACUAUAAAGAUGAUACACACUACUUUGUCAUGACUGCCAAAAAACAGAGCCUACUGGAUAAGGGUGUAAUACGGCAUGAUUAUGCUGAUACGGAGUUACUACUCUCUCGGGAGAACGUGGACCAGGAGGCUUUGCUAAACUAUGCCAGAGAAGCAGCUGACUUUUCCACUAAUCAGCAACUGCCUUCACUAGACUUUGCCAUCAAUCACUACGGGCAGCCAGAUGUGGCAAUGUUUGACUUCACGUGCAUGUAUGCAUCAGAGAAUGCAGCUCUGGUGCGAGAGCAGAAUGGCCACCAGCUACUUGUGGCACUGGUUGGGGACAGUCUCUUAGAGCCAUUUUGGCCAAUGGGAACUGGAAUAGCCAGAGGAUUUUUGGCUGCAAUGGACUCUGCUUGGAUGGUACGAAGUUGGUCACUUGGAGCAAGUCCUUUGGAAGUUCUUGCAGAGAGGGAAAGCAUCUAUAGGCUACUGCCUCAGACCACCCCUGAGAAUGUGAGUAAAAACUUCAGCCAUUAUAGCAUUGAUCCAGCCACCCGGUAUCCCAAUAUCAAUGUCAACUUCUUGCGGCCACAGCAGGUACGCCACUUGUAUAAUACAGGAGACUUGAAAGACAUUCACCUGGAAAUAGAGAACUUUGUGAACUCCAGGACACCAAAGCUGACUCGGAAUGAGUCUGUAGCUCGCUCUAGCAAAUUGCUCAAUUGGUGCCAGAGGCAGACAGAUGGGUAUGCUGGUGUAAAUGUUACAGAUCUCACGAUGUCAUGGAAAAGUGGCUUAGCUUUGUGUGCCAUUAUCCACAGAUACCGUCCAGAUUUAAUAGACUUUGAUUCUUUGGAUGAACACAAUGUGGAGAAGAAUAACCAGCUAGCUUUUGACAUUGCUGAAAAAGAGUUUGGAAUAUCUCCCAUUAUGACUGGAAAGGAAAUGGCAUCUGUUGGUGAACCAGAUAAACUGUCAAUGGUGAUGUACCUCACACAGUUCUAUGAGAUGUUCAAAGACACCAUCCCCUCUAGUGAUAGUGUGGACCUGAAUGCAGAAGAAAAAGCUGCCCUAAUUGCCAGUACCAAAUCUCCUAUCUCUUUUCUCAGUAAACUGGGACAAAGCAUCUCUCGGAAACGCACUCCAAAGGACAAAAAAGAAAAGGAACUGGAUGGUGCAGGAAAGAGGAGGAAAACCAGCCAAUCUGAGGAUGAGGAUGUCCCUCGAAGCUACAGAGAAGAAAGACCUACAUUGGUGAGUGCCCUGACGGAGAGGAGAAUUGAUGCUGCCAUUGGGAAUCAGAACAAAGUCAAGUCCAUGGCAACCCAGCUACUGGCCAAGUUUGAGGAGAAUGCACCAGUGCAGUCCUCAACGUUACGAAGACAGCAACCUGUCCUGCCUUAUCAAGAACGUGUUCACAACCAACCAUCCAGCAGACGAGAGCAGGGCCGUCUAGCUCCCAUCCCCCAGUGGAAACAGAUGAGGAGUAAGGAACGUUGUCGGACCUGCCCCAAAAAAGUGAUCAUGCUCUCUUCCACUGCACCUUCCUCUCCAACGUAUCCCAGGCAGCAGAGAAUCAGGGAACCUGGUGCUGACUAUCUUGGGGAGCAGAGUCCCAGACAAGGAAGGAGAUCUCCUCGUUUUUUUUCUGAUGACCAAGUGCCUGAGAAUGUUGAACAAAGGGCAUGUCAGCUGGCUGCCCUCCUGGAGUCCAGGCCUGCCGUGAGGCAUCAGCCUGAGACUGAACCGUCUCGUCGAUUCUUUGUUGACCAGUGGGAGCUCUCCCUUAGCCUCCGUUCUUCUAAUCGCCCUUCUUCACCUUCAUCUGACUCUCUUCGACAGAAGUACAUAAAGAUGUACACAGGCGGCGUGAGCUCGUUAGCUGAGCAGAUAGCCAAUCAGCUUCAAAGGAAAGAGCAACCCAAAACCCUUCUAGACAAGAAGGAACUGGGCUCACUCAAAAAGGAGUUCCCCCAAAACCUGGGAGGUAGCGAUGUCUGUUACUUCUGCCACAAGCGAGUCUACGUGAUGGAGAGGCUGAGUGCUGAAGGCAAGUUCUUCCACCGCAGUUGCUUCAAGUGUGAAUACUGUGCCACCACUCUGCGAUUGUCGUCUUACGCCUAUGAUAUUGAAGAUGGUAAAUUCUACUGUAAGCCUCACUACUGUUACCGACUCUCCGGGUAUGCUCAAAGGAAGAGGCCAGCAGUGUCAGGAAAGGACACCAAAGGACCUCUGCAGGACGCUAUGGCAAGUGAUGGAAGUGGACGGGCAAAUUCCAUCUCCGCCUCAGCAGAGAGGGCCCCAGGUUCUAAUGUAAAUGGGCUGGAAGAGCCCAGCCUCGCUAAGCGGUUGCGUGGCACGCCCGAGCGAAUUGAGCUGGAGAAUUACCGACUGUCGCUGCAGCGGGAAGAAGAACUGGAAGAGGUUCCUGAAGAGACGCUAGCAGAGCAUAACCUCAGCAGUGUGUUGGACAAAGGAACAGAAGAGGAUGUGCCCAGCAGUAGUUCAGAGUCUGAAAUGGAGGAAGAAGAUGAAGAUGAAGAUGAACUGCUGCUGCCUCAGCAACCCCCUUCAGAUUUGGGUGGUGUGCCAUGGAAAGAGGCUGUGCGCAUCCAUGCCCUCCUGAAGGGAAAGAGUGAAGAAGAGAUUGAGGCUGAGGAGAAUCAUGAGAUUGAGUACAAAGAAGAAGAAGAGGAGGAGGAGGAGGAGGACGACGAGGAGUAUGAGGAGGAGGAAGAGGAAGAGGGGGAGUAUUGCCCUUGGGAGAGAGAGCUGCAGCAAGGUCUCUGGCUUCAACGUCUCUCAAAUGAAGAGGACACGGGUACAUUUAAAGCUGGAAACCUUAGGCUGCAGCAGAUUGUAAACCCGGUUGAUCCUCUGGAGAUCCUGGCAGAUGUGCACUGGACACACAUCCGUGAAAAAGAGGAGGAGGAAAAAAUGGUGCCAACCUCAAAGUCCUCUACCUCCAGAGCAUCCGACCUUCCCUCCGUACGCCAUGAGGCGGUACAGGCGUGGCUGGAGACGGUCCCUGGAGCUCCAUGUGAGGAUAAUGAUGUGGAGGAUGAGCUGGGCACAGAGCCUGCAGACACAGAAGGACAGGCGGGUGAAGAGGGAGACACGGGUGCAGAGCUGGAUGACGAUGACAUCCCAUCUGAUGCAGAAGCCGAGUUCCGCUUACAUCAAGGUGACACAGAACAGCCAGGACUGAAAGUCUCCGAAGAUGAAGAAGAUGAAGAAGGAGCAGAAGGUACUUCUUGCAGUGCAACAGAAGAUCCAUGCAAGCCACCCAUCCCUAUCCAGUCAGCUAGUGACAACGUUCUUCCUCUGUCUCCAGCAGAUAGUCCCAAAGCAAAACAAGUAGAGAAUGUAACAGAUCCCCUGGCUGCGGUAUCCUGUGCAAUAAAAUCUCCAGAGGCACGCUUCUUUCCUGAGCCUUUCCUUCUUGAGGAAGGACCAAAAGAUGAAACUCCCAAAGACAGGAAAGCUAAAAGCCCUUUGGUGCCACUCUCUCCAGUGUUAUCGCAGCCAGCUGCAUCACCAGAUGCCAUUGCACCUACAUCUCCAGCAGAAUCUCAACCAGCAGCACCAACACAAACUUCAUCCCCAACAUCUUCUCAAACACCUAUCUGUUCCCAGCCUUUGCCUUCUUCUGAAACCUCUAUUCCAUCCCCAGCAGAACCUCCAGUGUGUUUCCAGCCUGUCCCAGCCUUAACAUCUACUCCUCUAGCCAAACUGGUUCUUAGGAGUCAGGAUAGUGAAGUGGAAAAACUGGGGAGCCCUACUACUGCAGAAGAAGCUCUGAAACGUAGUAACCUCGUGGAAGAGUUCUGGAUGAAGAGUGCUGAAAUCCGGAGAAGCUUAGGACUCACCCCAGUAGACAGAAACAAACGCUCAGAGUCAAACUUUGCUGUACCUGCCCUUGAGACAACUCCCCUGAAGGCUUUUAAUAGCGAGAGUGUUUCAGGGGAUGAAAGGAUGCAUCUUGUGAAGCCCCAGCCUGCCCCAAGAAGGCAGGGACUGUCCAAGUUAGAAAAUGAGCAGAUUUCUCUGCUCACUCCAAAAUCUCCAUCAGAAAAAGAACUGAGGAGUUCCAAUGAAGUAAAGAGAGAUGUAUCUAGCAGUUCAGGACUUGGCCUCCAGGAGAGCUCAUCUAACAUGAGAACUUUGGCUAGCCAGAGCUUCAACACUUCUGACUCUACCAUGCUUACUCCUCCAUCAAGUCCACCACCACCACCUCCUCAAAAUGAAGAACCUGCCACUUUGCGUAGAAAGAGGCAUCAAGCACUUUGGCAGAACGAGGCCGAAUCCAAGUCACCUCCAACACCAGCAUCAACACCUCCUGUUGCCCCGCGCCAUGAGCCAACCUCUGCUGUCAAAGAGUCCACCCAGGCCAAAAAAGAUGACGUGAGGAAGUCUUUUGCAGAAAGUGUGGAUGAGAUUCCAUUUGCUGAUGAUGUAGAGGACACAUAUGAUGACAGGACAGAGGACACAAGCCUUAACGAGAAGUUCUAUACACCUCCUACGAGUAGGCCAAGGCCAGAGAAACCACUUGUUUUGCCACUGGUCAAAGAAAAUGGUGGUCUGCCCUCUCUGGAAGGAGGGGUUAACCAAAAGAAGAGAGCAUUGCCUGAAAUUUCUGCAGAGGCCAAGGAGCUUGCUGAAGAAAGAAUGAGAGCCAGAGAGAAGUCUGUCAAGAGCCAAGCACUACGUGAUGCCAUGGCUAAACAGUUAUGUAAGAUGAAAGAUAUGGAGAUGGCUGCAGCUGCUGCUGGGGCCACAAGGUCACGAAAGGCAUCUUCUAUGCCUUUGAAGACCAAAGAGUUGUUUUAUGACUCUCCAAAACAUUUGGCCAUGAAAAUUGCAGAGGGGUCCAUGCUCAAGCAUGAUGCUGCUAGUGAGAAGUUCUCCACUCCUGCUGCUGAUGUGGCUGGACCUGAAGGUUCUGUCACCUCUUCAGAGGGCUCCAGUGGGAAGAGUAAGAAAAGAACUUCUCUUUUCUCCCCUCGUAAGAACAAAAAGGAGAAGAAAUCCAAAAAUGACAGCAGGCUUUCUGACAAAUCUAGUGGUGGGACAGAGGAAACAACAAAAUCUAGGUCUUUAUGGAAAUCUGUUUUCUCUGGGUAUAAGAAAGACAAGAAGAAAAAGGCUGACGACAAAUCCUGCCCAAGUACUCCCUCAAGUAGUGCUACUGUGGAUUCUGGCAAGCACAAAGCUUCUGCAUUGGUUACAGCUGCAGAUUUGCAGCUCCGUCGGCACCUGAGUUUUUCGGAGGACUCUGACCUCUCCAGUGACGAUAUUCUGGAACGCUCCUCACAGAAAUCCAAGCGAGAGUCGAUUUAUGUACCACACGCCUUGGCAUUCAAGAGAUCAUAUUCGUCAAAGAGAGCCUACACAGAAGAAGAACUAAAUGCUAAGCUGACUCGGCGAGUACAGAAGGCUGCUCGUAGACAAGCCAAGCAAGAAGAACUAAAGAGGUUACAUAGAGCUCAGAUCAUCCAGCGGCAGCUUGAACAAGUAGAAGAGAAGCAGAGACAACUGGAGGAGAGAGGGGUUGCUGUGGAGAAAGCCCUUCGGGGAGAAGCAGACUAUUGGGGAGAGUCUUAUUACAGUGACCUCAUCGACUUGCAUCUGGGUGGCAUGGGAAAGAAGGAUGAUCCCAAGCUGAUGCAGGAGUGGUUCAAGCUGGUGCAGGAGAAGAACGCCUUGGUUCGCUACGAGUCCGAACUGAUGAUAUUUGCUCGGGAGCUGGAACUGGAAGACAGGCAGAGUCGAUUACAGCAGGAGCUCCGGGAGAGGAUGGCAGUGGAAGAUCAUCUGAAGACAGACGAGGAGCUCUCAGAGGAGAAGAGGAUCCUGAACGAGAUGCUAGAAGUAGUGGAGCAGAGAGAUUCUCUCGUGGCUCUCCUCGAGGAGCAACGGCUUCGAGAAAAAGAGGAAGACAAGGACCUGGAGGCAGUCAUGCUCUCCAAAGGUUUUAGCUUGAACUGGUCCUGAGCUUGACACAUUUACCUCUGCUGGUCUGCGUUGUCCGGUUGGCCUACCCUGAGUUCGCCAGAAUUACGUGGAUAGGAAGAUGCUGAAGGGGAAAUCUCCAAAGGGUCUGCCAGCAUGCAGUGAUUCGGUUUGAAGCACUCAGAAGCCUUUUGAUAAGUGUGUUGGUUCCAGAAGCUUAAGUUUUACAUGUCUGCAAGCCAAGCUGAAGAUAAUGAGUUGAGUUUGUGGAGUCUCCUCGAGGGUCCUGUACGAUGGGCCUCUUUUUUUUUGUGUGUGUGGUAGGAGGGAGAGGAAUAAUCCAUGUGUGGGGAAGGAGGUUAAGGGAAGAAGUGCCCUUAACUAAUCUGGAUUUAUGGCAGUCUAUUCCUUUCCCAUUUUUACUACACCAAUUCUAAUAAAAGGGAGGGAAGUGGCAACCCUCUCUGGAAAACCACAGCAGCCUGUAGCAGCCUGUAUGGUGGAGUCAACUAUCCAGAAGAGCUCCAGAAGCCCAGGGCAGUACCUUCUUUGCUUUAGUCUUCCUCCCCACCAAAGAAACCUGCAGUUGGCCACGAUGCAUGGAUAUGAAGAAAUUGGAGACAGAGAAGACACUACUAGCAUUUGUGAUGGAACUCUGUCUCCUGGUUUUUAAAGAGAUUUGGGCAUCAGAGGACUCCCUCCCUAUCAUAGUCUCCUAAACCUUUAUUGUUGGGGAAGAAAGGGGAGAAGAAGAGAGAGGGAAGAUGCCCUUCUGCUUUGCUACACACUGGAGAGACAGCUACUGCUGGCCUUAGUCUUCGUGGCCACGGCUCAGAGGCUGUUGGGCUUCUUUGUUCUGUUUUUGUUGCGACUGUUUUGACACUGGAAAAUACGGACUGUGGGACAGUGGUAACUGUGUGCUGGGGCAGGGGUGUUACCAAGCAGCAUUCCCUGGCUGUUAGGCCCCGAAAGGGAGAAGCCCUUAAGUGACUGAAACCACCAUUAAGACUUUUCAGUGUUUUUAUUUUUUUCCUCUGUAUUUUGUUUUUGCACAUUGGAAACGAAGCUUAAGUCCUGCCUGGGCCCUCAGUCACUUUGACCCUUUUAUGUCGAUUAACUUAUUUUUUUAAUACUUGAAAGAAGAUUCAUUUUUGUAUCUUUUAGGAAAAAAAAAAUGGACGAGUGAUGGGUGUGUGUGCCUGCUGCAUCCUACAACUUCCACUUCUAAAUUACUGGACGUUGUUACCUGUGGCUAUUUAUUAGUGUUCUUAUUAAUAAUUUUAAUGUUACACAUAUUUGAGUGUGGAGGGAGUGUUUUAACUCUGUUAGAGGAAGACACUACUGUGGAUUGUUCCCGGCUUCACGGCAAGGGCAGCCUUUGUGGACCCCAUGGAUGUACCCUGCCCUAGCAGAUUUCCUUUAUGACAAAAUCCUGCGCACUCAUGGAGUUGUAAGAAUCUAUUUUGUGCUCCUAGCAUACUUUUCAUCUGCAUCCCAGAAUCCUUCUGUUGGACUAAUAAACCUAUAAUUUAUUUAAAUUUUUAUAAUGAGAAAGCCAAAAACGUGAGGUAGAAAUAUCCCAUAGAUCUCUUUCUCGCUGAAAGAUGGGACCCUCACACUCUUGAGAUACAGCUAGAGGGACUUCCAUGAAAACACAAAUAGCACAUUUCCUGCUGCAGCUGUUGGAAGAAGCUCCUCUUGGCUCAGCUAGUGAAGCUGCUGCUUUUAAGCCAUGAGGGUACUCAUUGUAACCAUAUAUUAAGUAACGAGCAGGACAUGCACUGAGCAGUUCAGUACCAUCCACUGUUUUACAGCUUCUCAGAGCACACUAAUCCUUAACUUGUUGCACAGAGCUGAAAUAGCACUGUGUGUUGGGUCUGUGUCCCAUCCUUAACGUGAUACGUUAAGAGGUUCUUUGUGUUUUGAGGUUGGUUUUUUUUUGGGUUUUUUUUUUUUGGUUUGUUUUCCCUUAAGUUGUUGCCUAUCCCAUUUUCUUUAAAAAAAAAAAAAAAAAGUACUAAGCCUGCUCACCAGUGUCUUUGCAGAAGUGUCCCAUGUCCCAUUCCCAAGCACUAUUCACACAGCAUGCUGGCUCUUUCAGCUUAGAUAUACGCUGUUUUUGCAAGAUACCCCAGCAGGGCUGAACAUCCUUUAAUCUUUUGUCCCGGGAUAGAAAUUAUCAAGGUUUCUUGCUGUUGACUCUCUACUUUCUUCAGAGAGGUCUUCUGUAAGCCAGCGUCUACAACCGGAAUUCACCUCUGACUCAUGAGCAUAUCUCAGGCUGAGCAAGAAUGGGUUGGACUGCCUCCAGGGUCUCUGAGCAGGGCUGGCCGUUAGCUGUGGAAAUGUAUUUUAUCACCUCAAGAGUUUCCCCUUUGCCCCCUCUACUGUUUUCUGCUAAGGCAUUGCAAAUGAAACCCAAAUGCUCGUGAAACAAAGCAGACAGGCAGCUGCACUGCUAAGGUUAACGAGGCUGUGCUAGGAUGCGGUGCCUGCUCUACCGGCACCGUGGGACAAACCUCUUCAGGAGUGCUGGCCUGCCUGCGGGAUGGCCAGCAAACAGGUGUGUCCCUCCGUCAGUGCAGGGGCCAGCAGCAGAAGCCACAUUGGUAACGAGAGUUUACAGUCUGCUUUUGGGGGGCCAGUGGAAACUGGAGAGGGAAGAGAGGGAAACGAGGUAGUUUACAACAAACUGUCUUGCACAGAGAAGUGGCCUCAGUCCAUUUUAUAGUGCACUAUGUGUAAGGACCACAUCUAACUUUUAACAAAAGAUCACUGAAUGUGAGCUGUAGAACAGAAAGAAAUCCUAAAGGAGAAAUACCAGAUUACUGCUUUUCCCUUUCAUGCUAGAGGACACUGACUAGAUUUUUGCAGUGCCUAAGAGUGGUAUCACUUGAGGGUGUAACGCCCUCCUGCAGGGGAAGACCACCUUUUCUGAAACUGAACUCUUUAGGUCAUGCUAAAGUCCUCCAGCACUGAGAAUAAAAAUGAAAGCCUAACGUUGCACACACAAAUUAAUUGAAAAUACAUGAAAGGGAAUCUUCAAAGGCCUUUUUAUAUCAAAUGGUUGUAAAAGGCACAACUUGUAUUUGCUGUUCAGUUGCACUUUAAGAAUAUAACUUGCAUAUCAGAUACUGGGUUUUUUACUAUCUGAAUAUUUUUAAUUCAAAUUUUAUAUUUGUAAAGCUGAGGAAGGCUCUUGUGACCACAAGAUUCCUUAUUUGUAUCAGAAUCCAAGUCAGAUGUUCGAGCUCCUCGUGCUGUCCCUGCGGGCAGCAGCACGUGUCUCAGCCGCGUGCACGCAGUGCCGUGCCUCCGUGCUGUGUCUGAGGGAAGAGGAGAGGCCCUCGGCUUCGAGCAGGGGUCCCGGGCCAUACCAGGGGCUGGGCGCUUCCUCCAGAGCUGAGCUCGGAACCUAACCUGGGUUUGGUUUUAAAUGGGCACGCUGAGGAGGGGGCAAGCACUUCAGUCCCCUAAGGGGAAGCAAAGGGAUAAAGGGAGGGGAUGCCUCCUGGAAACACGCGGGAGGCAAAUGAGGAUGGGGGAGUGAGGACUGCCAAAACAACCAAUCUGCUGUUUUCACAGUAUGUUUUAAUUUUUAACCGUUCUGUUCCUUUUAUCAUCUUUUCAUUAAAACUCACAAAUGGCUGUAAAAUCCUGAGCUUCAGAGAACUAUGCAUGGGGAGAUGACAAGUUAUCUUUCAGCUCCAACUUUCAGUUAACCAAAACCCCAUGGUCUCGCUAGGGCAUGUUAUGAACCACAUUGCUGAACAUAUUUUAGAGCAAACUGCAAGUUUUACAAGUCCGUCUUACUCUCUAUCUGUCUCUGCAUUUUAUGUAAAUAUUUGUUUGUAUGUACAGACACCAGUGGGCCCUUGGGUUACCCCUGCGGUCAAGAACCUGAGUUUUGUGCAAAGCCUAGGCCUCUGUUAGAACAACACAGUGCUUGCAUAGACCUAGUCGCCACGUUUGUGUGCACUCUGGUGGUUUUUAAUAUUUUUAUACAUCCUAAUCUUGAACAUUAUGAAGUAUUAUAAGUGUUCUAGACUGCAUGAUCUAGAGCAGCCAGCAGUUCCAUUUUUUUAGCAGCUGUUCCUAAAAUGUUCACAGCUACACCUUGUUUGGUUAACAUUCUUUCAAAAUGAGUUUUCAAUUAAAUGUUUACACCAAGCACCACUGGAUGAGAAAGGUGUUGCGUUAUAAAAUCUGUGUACAAAAUGAAAAGCCACUGUAUGGCUGUAUGGGAGUCUAAAUCAUCACUGUCUGCAAUAAAGAGAACUCUUAAAGCGUACUAUAAAACCAGCCUGUAUAUAGUUGACAGAGAGAGAUUGCUUGCUCUUGACUAUUGCAAAAUAGCCGAGAUUAGAAGCUUUCCAAAAGCCUCCACUUUUGAAUUGCUCCAGAGCACUGCUGUAGGCAGGGUAAUGGGCAGACGAGGAUGUCACUGACAGUAGAUGUGAAGGGGAGGGUGCCAAGUUGUGAUGGCAUUGCAGUAAUUUAAAUACUCUCUGUAUCUGUGCGUGCAUGCGUGUGUGUGUGUGUGUAAAGUCUAUUCCAGGUGAAGGGAUCUGCUUUGGCAUCUUCCCUUUUGAAUGAAAGUAAACUCUGAUAUUCAGAUUGGUCAAGGCUUUUAUGGUUGGCAUUUAUGGAGUGUUAACAGAAAAGCGUAUACCCUACCUGUAAAAAAACAACAACAAAAAAUGAAAAACCAACAAAAAAAAAAAAAUCCCUCUCUGUUCCAGCCUGUUUUCUCCUGUUUGGUUGUGUUUCAUCAUUUGUUUUUAUGCACACUUGCUUCAUUGGUGUUGAGAUUUUAGCACCUCAGAUGGCCAACUGAACUAAAAAAAAAAUAAAGUCAUUAAUUAUUUUUUC